GGAACAGUUUCAUUGAUUGCUUGCUUGAAUAUAUGCAAUUGAUGUCUUUCAUAUUGUCCUUUUUGUUUUGGAAUGCUGUUCAUUUAUUUCCUUUAUAAUGUUCUGAAGGAGAAAAGGAAAACAGGGAAAAAGUGGGGAGGGGUUGUUUCCCUUUCUGAUGCUUUAUACGUGACUCUGUUAUCAUUUAAUUUGGUGGCAAGUUUUAUUUUAUACUUCCAGAUUGUUGUCCUGAUGUGGACUGGAAACAACAUUACAAGACCAUUUCGGGUUGCUGGAGCGGUUGCAUUGGCCCCUUUGAUGGAUAGGGGAUUGAAGAAGAUCCAAAAGGUCAAUCAUGUAAUAACACAUAAUGAUUGUAAUUGUUAGCUUUUAAAAGCGUGGCAUUUUUGCUAGGAGAUUUGAGGGGAAAUUCUUGCUCGCUUUGUGCUUAAAUUGGAUAAAUGCUAUGGCAGUUGCGUCUAUGUGAAAUGCUCAAUUUGUGUAAAUUAUAAAUUUUACUCUUUUUUGGUGAAUUUGAAAGGUAUGGUUCUUUAUUUUCCAAAUCUCUUCCCAGUUCAAUUCUGGAACCUCUAACUUACCUCCAAAUUACAAAUUCUAGUUCUCUUUUCAGAGCUUUCUCUGUUACCCGGUUUAAGUUUCGGUUUAAGUUUCGGUUUAGACUAUAUUUGGGCACUCUUUUGCUAUCAAACAUCUCCAAGAAUAAAAAUUUAAGAUGACUGGCGUGGCAGGGAUUCCGGCAGACCGAGAGGACCCAACAGUCUAGAUUGAAAAAUAGGGUAUGAAGAUUGUUGAGGAAGGGAAAAUUGGCUGUGGCAUGAUCCCAAAAGUCAGCUAUUGCAUUCUUGACCUGGCUCAAGGGGUCAGGACUGCUAGCAUUAUUGAUGGCCGGGUAGAGCAGCACUCUCUGCUUCAUGAAAUCGUGAUUGAUGAGGGUGCCAGAACCAUGAUGACCCGCUAACAAAUUGAAUAAUUCAGUUUUCUGCUGCAGCUUCAGCAAAUGCCAUUUCAUUUCUGUGUCUAGCUAUGAGGUUUGUACUGGCUUUGUAUUUUCCCCACAUGCUGGUAAUAGUACAGUAACAAUCCCUUUCAACUUUUUUUAUAUGGACGAAUUAACAUUCAUAACCAUA